AAUAAAAAAACAAUAGAAAAACUAUUAAGAACCAAUUCGCAGAUAAUUUCUAAGCUUAAAGUUCUUAUCACUGGACAAAAAAAUCUCAAAACCCGUCUCUCAGGCAUAGAAAAAAAGCUCAACGAUAAUAACAGAAAUAAUAAUAAUACAAUAGAUCCGAAGUAUGUAAAGCUCGUUAAGAAGGUGUUGAAAAUUUUGUUUGAAAAUUUUGUUUAUCCUUCGCAAGACGAGUACAAACUCGCUACUGAAAAAUAUUUAAAAAACAAAAAUCUGGAAUUUAUACGCCAGUUCAAAAAAAAUCAAUGGAUUAUUUUUUCAAAAAAAAAAUUACCCCGACUAAGCAUACAAGAGACGUUCACUUCUAGAGUCAAAGACGUUAUGUAUUCUGUUUUCGAAGCGACUGGGCAUAAAUUACCGUCUAUUAACACUCAGGCUAGUCCGUCAAAGAUUCAGAAAUGGAAGAGUAAGGCGGAGGUGAAAAGAUGUUACAACAACCUAUUUAAAAAGGUUAAAGAUAGGCAACCUACGAAAUAUAUGUCGCUGAUAAUUGAUAA